UGUUCAUGUGUUGCUGCAACUCUUCGUCCGUAUUUUGUUCAACUCAACGUCCAACAAACACGAUACUCCAGGAUUGCCAUCUGUCAUACGGUGUCGCAAGAAAAUUGGAAAAUAUAUGACAAAGAAUCUAACAUUUAUUUCAAUGGAUGGUACAUUUCUGUUGGUUUGGUUACCUGAAUCAAUUGGGAAAGUACGGUAGUGUUCAUUCAAUCGCAUUUCACACCCACUGCAAAGAACUCUUUGAGUAGCCCCUUUCCCCUUCGGAAAUUUACCUCUUUUAGACGCCCCUACCCCUUCAGAAUUUCCAUGACCCUCUGUGGGUGGGUAUGAAUAUUUUCUGGAACCACACAUUUAUUUAUUUAUUUUUUUUAUCUUUCAGACCAAAAACUCCAUCUUCAGUAACUCAACAUGAGGUCUUUUUCACUCAAGAAAACUAUAAGAAACAUUCAUGUCAGCCAUCCUAUGUGGAGUUCCUAGAAAAACAUCUUAGCCCCGACAAAGAUGAAGAAAAUAGCUUGCCACAACAUGACAUAACCAUGGGGUCUCCAGAAGCUGCUGAGUACAAGAUGAACAAAGGAGCUAAGAGAACUGGUGCUGAGAAAAGUAGAUCAAACAGUGCCCCAGCUUGCCUUGGUCCAGCCAUGGAGUUCCCUUUCAUUUCAAAAAUAAGCAUUGAAAGUCAGAAAAUGUUUUUCAAGGUAUUUGAGACAUUGAGAUCUGGGCAGCUAGCUAACAUGGAUUUGCAGGAAAUGAAAGCUGUUCAGGAUAUAAAGAAUGCAGUGUUGAUGGAACAAGAAGAAUACCAACAGUUUGUACAUACUCAUGCAAAGACCAAUCAUCAUCUGUAUAACUUCAUUCACCCUGACAUUUGGAAUUAUUUCAAGAUGGAAGUUGAAGGCAAAUUUAAUGACAGCAUCAACAAAUACCCUCAGUUCUACUCACUGCAGGAGACAAUCGGAUUAGCUGCUGGUGCUGUCUUCAAAUCAGAUGCAGUGUUAACUUUUGAGCGCACAUUACUGCAAGUGGGAAAUGUUCCAAAGUUGAGUUUGCCUGAAAACACCAACAUUGUGUUGUCAGAAGUCUCAGCUCUUUCAGACGAGAACACAACAGUCAUGACAUCAGCUGUAGUAAAACCAAAUCCACCUAAGGUAGUAAGUGAGGAUCCAAUUGCUGUCAGUCUGGCUAAGAAGCACAAAGUUGAUAUCGUGAUCUCAUCAAGUGGGUUGAACACUCUUCUGGAUAAUCAGCCGUCAGAUUACCGCAGACAAUGGCAGUUACCCAUCACUGUUCAGCGACAACAAGUAGACAAUCAAGAUAAAUCCAGCAUCCACAAAGUGAUAUUCAUUGACAAGCCUCUGCCGCCGCAAAACGUCCAUCCUCGUGAAGUGAACGCAAAGUUCUACAAACUUGUCUUUCGGGGGUUGGUUUGUCAGAAAUCUGGCGGCGGUAACACAACUACUGAUGAUGGCACAGAAAGAAAUACUGGCUCGAAUGCGAAGGUGACAGGAAAGUUUUGUUCUACUGGUUUAGGGCUGGAACGAACAGAUUCAGAAAGCAGAAAGCGACGAGCGACAGAAAGAGAAGAUGAAAUUGCCGAGACGAAGAAGACAAAAUUGACCGAGUCUGGUGUAGACCCGACAGUUCAGAAUCUCGAAAAAGAGAGCGGUUCGGCUUCUUUAAACGCAGAAGAGAAGUUCUACGUCUACAAUCUUUGGAAAUUCGGGAAAUUAAAAGUUUUGAUACGGUGUAGUGUGGACGCAUACAGGGCGGAACCAAGAAAACAAAACUGCUUUACAUUUUUUAGUGUUCUUCCAAAACUGGAGUAUCAACCAAACUUUGGCCACGAGAAGCUGACAUGCAGCGAGGCUGCAAGGUUCUGGCUGUCUAGUUACAUCCGGCAGAAUACCAAACUUAUCUGCGGCAGAAUAAACGUUUUCAAUUCAAAAUUGUUACGAGUUGAUGAGCUUUCCAUUAACGAUAUCGUGCAACAAGGAGCGGGUUUUCAACCCGCUCAAGGAAUGAAGACGGUCUUUCAAGUUUUUCAAGCGCUGAAGCGACUUCCUGAGGGGAAGUUCAUCUUGUCUCACAAGUCGGGAGAGAUCCACGGCUGUUUGUACAAGAGCGUGGUGUCAAAUUCAAGUUCGUUAAAGUGUUCUUAUGAUCUUCACAAAGCAAGAACACCAGUUGUAGUCAACUACACCGCAGCUGAGAUUCCCUGGGCAGCAAUAGAGUGUAAUUUGUUUAUGCCUUGGCAGAUUAGAGAAAGGAGAAUACCUUGCACGUUUCCUCCAAUACCGGCCAAGGACUUGGAAAUGAUGGAGAAGAAAGCACAAGAAGGGACUGCAAAGGAAUCAAAUAAAAACAAAAAGAAAAGCAAGAGAGGGAAAAAGAAAAACAAAGCGGGGAGAGCGAAAGGAAGUGCUCCGAAAAUUCCCAGUACAGAGGCCGUGAACGAGCAGGCAAAAAAAUCUAAAAAGGAACGGAAAUCUGUGAAUAAAGGCAAGUUAUUUGCCAGUUUUUAUGACACUCAGCCGGCGGAGAAGGAGAGUGAAGUGUUUGCGGUUUCGAGACGAGCUUCAGGGCCUGUCACUUACGAUGAUCUUGAUUUCUGAAAGACCAACGAAGACCCUGCAAGUUACUGAACAGAACUUCAGGGCAUGGUAGAGAAAAGCUAGAUGUGUUCAAAACAACUAUGUCCAGCGAUAGAAAUAAACAGGAGAGUGGAAUUAUGCAAACCGCUACUCAGAGACUGGCGCCUUGAGCACCGUCAUUUUAUUUUACAUUUGCGGCGUUUUUUUUGCCGCAUCUCGCUCUACUCGCAUUUUAAUAGAGAUAUGCGAACGAUGUACAGUAAAGUUCCCCUUGAGGAAAUCACUUUCGAAAUCACUUUUUUGAAUGAACAAACUUCUACUGUUGCUUUCGCUCUAGCCAUUGGUAGACGGUAGACGUUGUCGAAGAGUUUGAACUACCAUUUCGCUGCAACGUGUAAUAUUAGAUGGUAGAGAGAACCUUAAACGAACGUCGUCAGUGAAGGCUUAAUCUGGCUGUUGUAACUCAAGAUACACAAGGUGAACGCGUAUUUUAAUAUAUAACUUUAUUUAUUAUAUGGCAAGCUCCGCGA